GUCACCCUCCCUAUGACGUCACUCCAUCAGCGUUGAGCAAAACAAACGCAAAAUGACGUGGGCUCCGUUCUGAAUGGACCCUGGGUAUGAAUGCAUCUGAUCUUGAGGCCUGGGCUCAAGAUUUUGAACCUAGUUCCUCCAUUCCGUCCGGAGGAGGAGGAGCACGUGCUCGGCGAAUCAAGAAGCAAACCAGCAAAAUCCCGCCUUUGGACAUGAACAAGUUUCAUUUUAAAGCUCCGGGGAGCCUCGCUUCCACUUCUAGUUCCAAUGGAUCGCGGUCUAAUCCGGUACCCAAUUUGCCUCCUCCUCCAGAGAUUUUGCCCUCUGUUCCCGAUCCUACUCCCCCUGUUCCAAUGGAUGAUUUUUGGGAUGAUGGGAUCGAGGAUGCUCUCCUUAUUCAAGCUAGCCAAAGUGCUGAGGUCAAAAUUGCCAGUCAAGAACGCGAUGUCAACGCUUUCAAGCAUAGUGAGAGAGAUUUAGCCGAAUUGACCCGAAUGUUGGAAGAUGACGAGGAUUGGGGAGUCCAAGUUCCAGACGUCCCUGCACAAGAAAAAUGUUUGGAUAAAUCCAAAACAAUCUUCCAUCAACAGAACCCAAAGCCUCAAAACCCAAUGUUGAGCCAGUAUCAGGAUAGUUUUGUGAUUCCACAAAAGAAGCAAUCCUUGAGCACACAAGGAAGUCCCAUGAAUGGAACAAGUUUGGAGGCCAAAAAGAAAGAGGCUGAGCUCAUUCGAUUGAGGAAAGAAAAUGAGAAGCUGGUCACUGAAAAAUACGCCAAAUUGGGUGAGAUCAGUUUUCUGAAAUCAAAGAAAGAAGACUUGGAAAAGAAACUUCUAGAAGAGCGAGAGGAAUGGAAGAAACUGGAUGCCCUUCAGGUGGAGAAAAAGAAACAAUUAGAGGCCUCCAAACAACAAGCCAUUGACUCGCUUCAGACUGAAAAGGACUUUUUGAAACAGGAAUUGGCGCAACUACAGGAAAGCUUCAAAAGAUUCGAAACGAACACCUCUCAGUCCCAAAGUGUUCCAUUUAGAAACCCCCUAGCCACUAAAACGAUGGCUUCAAUCCCUUUUAAACGCAAGAAAACGGUCAUUCCUGGCGGAUUGGAUGCCUCGUUCGCCGAUGAAGAAAAUGUCGGCAGUUCUCCGGCUAAGCGCGUUAAAACUUCUCUAACAACGUCCGAGGUUCAAACUGAAGCUCUGAGAUCAUUUCGGCGAUGUCAACUCGAGCUUCGAUAUGGAAGCGAUUCCAUUAAAGAGUCCAAAGUAGACUUGCAAGUCCCAUUCUCUAAUAAGGGACCCCAAAGUACCAUGGAUCGAAUUGCGAGCCUACAGGACUCGAGGGCAAUUGUUGAUUUGCUCAAUCAAAAUUCGUGUUGGAGUAUGCUCUCAAAAUGUUCCCUUGAAGGACGCCAAGACGAAAACUCCGUAGUACAAGCUAUGAUAGCCUUAAUCCAGGUCUGCGAGGCGAAUGUGUUAAAAGGUCUGGAUAUUACUAUUCAGAUCCGAGCCAUGCGGAUCAUUUUGGAAAGUCUCAGCUCUAUAACCAACCCCAAAAUUGAACAAUUCGUCUUUGUAUUGGGCAAUUCCCUUAUUGAGCAUCGGACGAAGAACUGUUGGGAGGGGCCAAUGGCCGAGUAUCAAUCCCUGAUUCAUAUUCUGUUCCUAAAAUCUGAUUCUGAUCGGUUGUCCUCGAUAUUCAAUGCCUUCCUCCGAUUCAGCCUAUUCUGGCUGAAGGACCCGAGAGCAUUGCUUAAUCAGGAUACCCGGAAACAUCACCUAAGGGCCAUCAUUAUCAUCUUGUCCAUGGUCAGAGAGAGCACGAGGUUCCCGAUUCAAGCUCAAGAAACCUUUCUCAACCCGAAAAGCCUGGGACACACGUUCGUACCGCACUUGCUCGAUCUUCUAUACGCUUCGGUCAUUGCGUGCUCAAACAUCGAAGAUUCUCUCCUUUUGGAAUUGUGUCAAGUCUAUGUGUCCUGGAUUUCUGCUUACUUGAACCUUUGCUAUGUAGGAGAAUCGCCCAAAAUAACGGAUAUUGCGGCAUGCCAAUCUCAAAUCGCAUCCCAGGUCAGCAAAUCUAUCACAACCUUGGCUGUCCUCAUCGUCAAGAAGUGUCUUCAAUAUCAAGAGACUGCCAGCCCACCUGCAAAAUUAUACAGCACGGCUCGUCGAGUGAUCAUUGCCCUUCAUCAGGUGUGGUUGGUAGAUUCAGGAUUUAUUGAAGCCUUGGAUGGACACGCCAAUGUUCAACGCCAAUACAUUUGGAUGACCAAUCAGUUCCCCAAGAUCAAAUCUUCCUUGAACUUUGGCAAGAAUGAUGAACAUAUUCUGAACGACUUGUCGGAUCUCUCUGUGGAUUCUGGUGUGGACACCACCAUGGAGCAUUAAAUAUGCAUCAGAUAUAUUUGCGAUGGGUAUAAACAUGACAAAAUAGGAAAAUAUGUGGUUUAAAACAUAGGGA